CUAUUCGACAAUCAGCAGGUCAACUCUCAUCCUCAAGCAAGCAACCAAUCAUUUUCAAAAGCUUCUCGCUUCUUCAUACUACUCAAUCGCUCAGAUUACCCUUCUACUCAAUCAAAAUGCUUGCCAAAUCCAUCAUCACCUGCGCCCUCGUCACCGUCGGCUCUGCUGCCGUUGUUCGCCGCACUGGCACCGACCCCACGCCUACCGACCCCAAGCCCACUCCCGAGUCCUGCUCUACUCGCGACGACGGUAAUACGUCGCCCAAGUACUGCCCCAACCUCGGCGGAAUCGGAAUCACCAUCCCCGUUCAGCUUUGCAGCAUCAUCGCCGAUGUUACUCUUGGUCUCAAUGUUUUGUCCUGCUGCGGCGAGGAAUCUUGCCUCACUAUCGACAUCCUCUAGAUUGGUUUCCCGUGAAAAGGAACUUCGUCUACCGAGAAGGCUCUUCCAUUGAUAAUCUCACUUGCCUGAUCACUAGGCGCCUGAUGGACGGGUUGGUAAGGGGGCUGCUGGGGAAUGAGAGUACACAUAUGAAACAGGGGAAUUUUCAUGUAUCGCCUGGUAUGAUCUUUAGUAGUGAUGGAUUUUCAUUGAUUUGAGAUUUGGUGCAUUUUGUAUCUUCCUGUCUUUACAAAUCAAUAUAUCUGUUUUGGGCCCAAUGACUAUCAUCUAAUGAGUGUUUUUCGUGAUUUGCGUUUAGCCCACUUGAGGAACUCUUAUGAUCUGUAUGAGUUUGGACGCACGCCACAGAACAAAGCUCAGAAGUAAGAAGGAAUUGAUUGUGAGGAGAUCAAUGUGAUAGCUAUAAUAGAAUAGGAUGGAUAGUCGCAUUCACAGCCAUCGACACUUCGGCACCCCAAACAAUCCUUUUCUUGUUCAACCCGAUACACUUCCGAAGAAGCAGAGUCUCUUGCACAGUCCACGCUCUCAUACCAAGGGUGCUUUGGAAUAUAUAUCACGAAUCUUGGAUGUCUCGCGCUUCCAAUCUUCCAUAUCAUCUGGAUGAUGCACAAUGGUACUCAAUUGCAAAAGGCAACAAAUCUCAUCAUGGAAUGUUUGAGGUAGGUCGUCAUAGGUGGUUCCGUUGGUGUAUGCCUCUACCCACGUCAUUGAGACCUAUCCUCGGCUACU